CAGGCCGCCGCUUUAUAGCGGGAGCCUGGGCGGCUCCGCUCGCUGUUUUCUCCUCUUCCCUGGGCUGAGGCACCUGCGGCGGUUGGCGAAGAUGCAGCUGAAGCCGAUGGAGAUCAACCCGGAGAUGCUGAACAAAGUGUUGGCCCGGCUGGGGGUCGUCGGCCAGUGGCGCUUCACCGACGUGCUGGGCCUGGAGGAGGAGACUCUGAGCUCGGUGCCAUCACCUGCCUGCGCCCUGCUGCUGCUCUUUCCUCUCACGGCCCAGCAUGAGAACUUUAGGAAAAAACAGAUUGAAGAAUUGAAGGGACAAGAAGUGAGUCCUAAAGUAUACUUCAUGAAGCAGACCAUUGGGAACUCUUGUGGUACAAUUGGACUUAUCCACACAGUGGCCAAUAAUCAAGACAAAUUGCAGUUUGAGGAUGGAUCAAUCCUGAAACAGUUUCUUUCUGAGACGGAGAAGAUGUCCCCUGAAGACAGAGCUAAAUGCUUUGAAAAGAAUGAGGCCAUCCAGGCAGCCCAUGAUGCCGUGGCACAGGAGGGCCAGUGUCGGGUAGAUGACAAGGUGAAUUUUCAUUUUAUUCUGUUUAACAAUGUGGACGGCCAUCUCUAUGAACUAGAUGGACGAAUGCCUUUUCCGGUGGACCAUGGCGCUAGUUCCGAGGACUCCUUGCUGCAGGAUGCUGCUAAGGUCUGCAGAGAAUUCACUGAGCGUGAGCAAGGAGAGGUUCGCUUUUCCGCUGUGGCCCUCUGCAAGGCAGCCUAAGCUCUGUUGGAAGGGCCUGGCUGUUCUGUCCCAUAGCCUGAGCGCACAUUCCUGCCCAAGCAGCCUACUGUGCUUCAGUCCUUGUAAACUCAGCUGUCACCUUCUUUCAUGCUCCCUUACACCCCAGCACUAGCAGAGCUCUCCUGUCCUGAGCCAAGUUGGUGUGGGCUUCAGCUGUGAUUGUUUCCCCCCCCUGUGUGUCUGUACUCUAGCACCUAAAGCUGUCAAUGGCUACUUUGGGUUAUGUGUAGUUAAAGCCUUGGAUGUGGUUUGUUUGUCCUUAAAAGGAAUAAAA